AUGCCCUCCAAGACAUCGACCGCCAAAGCCAAGGCAAAGGAAACCAUAAAGUCAAAAGCAGAGCCCGCCAUAGAAUUCGCCCACCAAGCCCAACGUCUAGGCCAGUUCACCGCCGACCAGGAAGAUGCCCAGACCGGCUCCACCCAGGCUGUCGAGGCCCGCUUUAUCACUCCCCAGGAUCCAGUCAUAGUGACUGCAAACGGAGGGCGCUUGCCAGCCGUGCCAGUUGAGGAGGCUGUCAAGCUGAACAAGCUGAAGGACGUGCUUGACGACCGCGACCCGACAGAGAGCGAGCCCCUCGAGCCCCGUACGCGCGAGGCAAAAGACGGUACCAUUCAUGGUGCGCACCCGAAUCGCGCCAGCUUGGAAUCGCAUCGAACACAGAAUCCAGAUGCUCCACUCAGGGAGGCUGUCCCUAUGUCCAAGACAAACCCUCUGUUUCCGCCUCUGCCUGUAUAUGGACCACCAGGACUGCUCCGAAAUCUGCAGUGUUUCUCCUUCAGGGUUUCCUCUGCCAUUCUUUCCUUUCUUUUCCUUUAUGUCAUCAUGUUAGGAUCCAUCUUCACCAGCAUUCCGCUCCUGUUCCAGUAUCUUUGGAGGGUAAUCACCUUCCGGGACCCUCACAUGUACCGGCCAUUCUACGAAGAGGAGAAGAGGAGGAAAGCUGCCAGAAGAGAGGCUGCCAAGGCUUGGAAAAAACAAAAGCAUCAGGAUGAAGCAAUCGACACGAGAACGGCUGAUCAUGAAAACUCACCUGGAGAUAACGAGGAAUUUGUCCCGACAGAAGGCGGCCCAGACCCGCUUGUUUGCGAUGUUGGAUACUACGCCCGCCGCGUCGGCCUUGACUGUGAGACAUUCAGUGUUCAGACUGAAGACGGUUUCAUCAUAGAACUCUGGCAUAUUUACAAUCCCCGCGACCACAAACCAGCUUCCACGCCGGUGAGGGCACCGCAUUCCCCAAAUGUCUUCCGCAACGGCAACGAGGCCAAAGACAAUGCUGACGGAUUUCCUUUCGAUAAGAAAAGGAAGUAUCCGGUUCUUAUGAUGCACGGGCUCCUCCAGUCAUCCGGCGCUUUCUGCUCCAACGAUGAUGACAGCUUAGCCUUUUUCCUUGCCAAGUCUGGGUAUGAUGUCUGGUUGGGUAACAACCGCUGCGGAUUCACUCCGCGCCAUAACCUCCUGGAAUACAGCGACCCGCGCAUGUGGGCCUGGAAUAUCCGUCAGAUGGGUGUGAUUGACCUCCCUGCCCUGGUGUCCCGGGUCCUCCACGAGACCGGUUUCCCCAAGCUUGCCCUCAUCGCCCAUUCUCAGGGCACCACCGAAACCCUCGUCGCCUUGGCCAAGGAACAGCGCCCCGAGCUCGGUGAGAAGCUCAGCGUAUUUUGCGCCCUCGCUCCCGCCGCAUAUGCCGGGCCUCUGAUUGGCAAAAUGUAUUUCAAGUUCAUGCGCAUCAUCAGCCCAGGCAUGUUCCGCAUCAUGUUUGGUAUCCACGCCUUCAUUCCCUUCAUGAUGCACAUGCACGCGUUUCUUCCCGGAAAGUUCUACGGGGCCAUGGGUUAUCGAAUCUUCUCCUUCCUCUUCAACUGGUCGGACGAGCGAUGGGAAAAGGACCUGCGCAACCGGCUCUUCCAAUUCGCUCCUGUGUACGUGUCGGCGGAGAGUAUGCGUUGGUGGCUGGGCCGUGAGUGCUUCGCGACGCAGAAAUGCAUUCUGCAGACGCGACGGGAAAAGGAGAUGGAAGAGCGCGAAGACGAAGAGGAAAGGAAGAAGGGAGCUCAACAGGACCAGCGCAUGCACGAUUACUACAACACGGACACUCACCGUGGUGAGCACACAACAGAGCGCUCCCAGUCGGUGGAAACAUCCGGCUCCUCAUCCUCAGACGACUCGCACAAUGCACAGGGCGCCAACGGCACUGCAUCAUCUUCCCACCACCACCACCACCAUGGCGACCGCGGCCGCUUCGCUUGGUAUGACGAGCACGCUCCGCCCAUGGCAUUCUGGGUUGCAGGUAGCGACGACCUGGUCGACGGCCGGCGGCUGCUGCGCCGUUUCGAGCGUGGGCGCGAGCCCUUUGUUGACGUGGUGCACAGCAAGAUUAUUGAGGGAUACGAACACCUCGAUGUCAUCUGGGCGAUGGAUAUGCUCGACAAGGUCGGGAAGGAGGUGCGUGAUGUCAUCUGGCGCACCGCACCCGAGGAGGUGAGGGCUGCGUGCAGGGUACCCAAGGGCUGUGAGGAUCUGAGACCGUUCGAAGGGAGACGCACAGGACGGCGCGAUAUCGCGGAGGAGGCUGAGAAGCAGCCGGCAGCGAAUGUGGGCAUAGACGCGUCGGCAGGCGAGUUAAGGGAGGAGGUUUCAUCUGCGGGUGAGGUAGAUAGGAAGGUGGCGACUGCGUGA